AUGACCACCCUCGUCCGCGCCGAAAAGCCCAGCGAGCCAGCGGAGGUCGUGCUAGACGCGUCUGCUGCGGGCUUCAACGCGACAUCUGUCGAGUUUGCUCUCCUGUUCUCGGAGCUUGCAAGCGUGCGUGACCUCUGCGAUUCGCUCGCCGGCGUUCUCCACCAGUACGGAACAGUGGGUGGGCGUAUGGUGAAGCGCGGCACGAGCACAGUUGUGCUGUGUAACAAUGCCGGCGUCCCACUGACGCAUGAGAGCCGACAGGGCCCACCACCGUCGCUCGCCCACCCUGUCGACGAGGAGUACUUUGACCUAGUGCGGGACUGGGUCCCCACGGCUGAGGUCGCGGCCGACGCGCCGACUCGAAUCAAGGUGACCGACUUUGAUCAGGGUCAGCUGAUUGCGAUUUCAGUGAGCCACGGUAUCGUCGACGCUCGCAGCCUCGGCGUGUUCCUGCGCGCAUGGUCAGCGGCAUACCGCGGCGACACAACCGACGAGCCGGUCUCUUUUGACGCGUCGGUGUUGCCCGCUGCGCCGGCUGGCUUCGGCGCCGCACCUGUCGUUGCGUCCGAUGGCAUCCCCGACGCGUGGCGAGCACACCAUCGGCCUUUCAAAAUGCCGCACGGGACGGCCUUUGCGCCAGCGGUGACCACGUAUCACCGCUCGCGCACCGCGCUCGCCGCUCUCGCCGCGCGCUUCGACCCCGAGGGCGGGUCGCCGCUCUCAGCCAACGAUGCCCUGUGUGGCGAGGUUGCGGAAGCAGUCGGUGCCACGAGCGUCGCGCUGAUGGUCGACUACAGGCAAGCCGUUGGGGCGGGCGACCUCUUUGGCGUCGCGAUCUCAACGCAGGACGUGGUGGCCGAGGCGCCGUCUGGAGUCCCGGCAGCGCUCCGCCGCGCCGUGCCGCUGUGGCGCGCGCGCGACUUCGUCGAUUGGAAGAUCGGGCAGGGCUCUGGUGGAUGCGCUGAGGUGUUCUUCAACUCGUGGGUGCGCGCCUUUGCGCUUCCAGAGACCAGAUUCGCGGCGCCAGUGCAGACCAUCAUGCUUGGCCGAAGCAUGUGCGCUGCGCGCAUGCGGGCAUUCGCACCGAUGGGCGUGCCGUAUGUGCUCAUGCUCCCACACAACGACGGCGUCACGGUCGUUGUGAUGGGGCCCGAAGACGUGGGAGGCCGGAUUGAGGGCGCUUCGUCUGUGGCACUGCCCUCUGAAUAG